AUGGCGGGCCAGAGAUUGGGCAUAUCGUCUUCCGAACGGCCACUCGCCGAUUUGUCUUCGGGCGACGAAACGUCGUCAGAAACGGUAGAAGCAAGCCGGGCCACGGUCUACGAUGCUGUAGCAGGCAGGGUCACGCAGUCAGGGAUUUACGAUCCAACAGCAGGCGAGCAGAAGCGCGCAACACUACGGCUGCGUCCAGAUGAAGUGCUGUUCAAGCAACAAAACGCUCCACCGCGAUACGAAGAAGCAGACUAUUACUUUGCUCACAGAAAACUUCCUCUUGACCAGGAAUUGCCUUCUGGAGACUUACUGAGCGCGCUUCAUGAAUACAUCGCAGAAUUGCACGACCACGACCAUUCGCCAGAGGAGGAAGGGCCUGGGUUCUUGAGGAGCAUGGAUGAAACAGCAUUGAUUGCGCUAGGUAUUCUGCUGGAAGAGACUGUAAAAGCGACGUUGGGCGAGACCGGCCAUUUUGCUUUGGUCGAAGCUGCAAGGAGCGAAGAGAACGCGGCGUUUGCGGACGAAGAUAGGCGUACCAAGCAGGCCUUUGUGAAGGAAGAGGGGGAGUGA